AUGGCAGGCAAUCAGGCCCUUAGCACCAACGCCGGGGUCGGCCAGCAGGCUGACCUGGCAAUCACCCGCCGCGGUUCUGACUGGUACUUCACCGUCUGCGCCAUCAUGGGUUUCUCGUCCCUCAUCUUCCUCGGCAUGUCCUUCACGAAGCGCGAAACGCACCGCCUCUUCCACUACAUCACGUCCCUGAUCACCUUCGUUGCCUGCAUAGCCUACUUCUCCAUGGGUGCCGGCCUUGGACAGACGCCGAUCCAGGUCGAAUUCCCACGUCCGAACAGCAGCGCCGUCUCCGCCGCCGGAACCCGCGAGAUGUUCUACGUCCGAUACAUUGACUGGUUCGUCACGACUCCCUUGUUGCUCCUCGACCUGCUCCUCACGGCGGGCUUGCCCUGGCCGUCCAUCCUCAUCGCUAUUCUCGCGGACGAGAUCAUGAUCGUCACGGGCCUUGUCGGCGCUCUCACCAGCACGCGCUACAAGUGGGGAUACUGGGUAUUCGGCAUGUUUGCCCUCUUGUACGUCGCCUACGCGCUCGUCAUUGACGGCCGCCGCCACGCCUCUGCCCUGGGCGGAUCCAUCAAGCGCACCUACAUCAACUGCGGCGUCCUCACCAUCUUCCUCUGGUUCCUGUACCCCAUUGCCUGGGGCCUGUGCGAGGGCGGCAACGUUAUUCACCCUGACUCUGAAGCCAUCUUCUACGGCAUCCUCGACAUCUUUGCCAAGCCUGUGUUUGGUUUCUUGCUUCUCUGGGGCCACCGAAACAUUGACCCCUCCGCGAUCGGUCUGCACAUUCGUGAGCCUGGCGCGAGCAAGCUUCACAAUCCUACUAGUGAGCACGGCGGACACCAUGGACACCUUGGUCCCGAUGGUGCGUACAACGCUGCGCACAAUGGUGCUCAGAAUGGUACGGGAUAUGCCAAUGGCCAUUCCAACGGAAACGCCAACCGCGUCUAA